CAGUGGGGGCGGAUGAUCCCUGAAUGACCUUAUUUGCGUGUGGGAUGAAAGGUCCUCACCACGGCUCUUCUCAUAGAGUGAAAUCCUCACGUUUAAGUGUUGGGUUUUGCGCCGUGGUUGAUAGCGUUGCCGGAGGAUCAGUGGUGAAAUUUGUCAGGUACUACACACAGUUUGAAUUGGCUACCAUGGGAUGCUCACCCAUAUACCUCGGACGACCUAUCUAGUCGUCUUGAGCGUUUUGAAGGCUCGCAUUUAAGAUCUGAUUACCGGAAGAUAUCAGUAUUUUUGGCACUUCGUCUUGAUUUAGGAGGGUGAGGAGAAGGGCGUGCUCCCGGCUUCUUUGCGAAGGAGGUUCGAUUCCUGAGGUACUAGGGGAUAGCUGAGAAUGUCAGACGCCGUGGUGAAUGGUUUGGCAGGUGCUGGGGGUGGCAUUGUAGCGCAGAUUUUAACCUAUCCCCUCCAAGCGGUUAACACUAGGCAACAGACAGAGCGGAAGGCUAAAGCCAAAUAUGCCGCACAAGAUACUGAAGCUGCGCUUGCUUUUGCUAAAGCAAAUCCAGCUCAGAAGCAAAGGGGGACCAUUCAAGAACUAAUCAAGGUCAUUAAAACGGAGGGAUGGGGAGGACUAUAUAGAGGUCUUCGGCCAUCGUUGCUAGGCACUGCUUGCUCCCAGGGUGUCUAUUACUAUUUUUACCAACUUCUAAAAAAUGAAGCAGAGGCCCGAGUUGCGAGAUCAAAGAAGCUAGGUAAUGCAGAUGCUGCAGUGGGAAUGUUGACUUCCCUGAUUGUGGCGUCUCUGGCUGGAUGUGCAAACGUUCUUCUGACGAAUCCUAUUUGGGUGAUUGUUACCCGCAUGCAGACUCAAGCACAGGCUCAGAUGGUCUCUGAGAUUGCUGCAAGUAAUGUGAAUGCCAGACCUUCGAAAUAUGCUGUGGUGCCGAGUGUUGAUUCAGCCACAACAUCGACUUCCAGUUCAUCUUCUCCUGUUGGAGGGCAAGGAACACUUGACACAGUCAAAGAUUUAUACAAGGAGGCUGGAGUACGUGGAUUUUGGAAAGGCGUUUUGCCUACUCUGAUCAUGGUUUGUAACCCAGCGAUACAGUUCAUGCUCUACGAGGGCAUGCUGAGGAAACUGACGGAGAAGCGGAGAGUGACCUCCAGGGGUUCGAAGCACGUAUCAGCCAGUGAGGUCUUCUUGCUCGGUGCAAUCGCAAAACUUGGGGCUACAGUGGUGACGUACCCUUUGCUGGUUGUGAAGUCUCGGCUGCAAGCAAAGCAGGCGAUAGGAGGAGACAAAUCUUUGCAGUACACUGGAACAUUAGACGCAAUCGGGAAGAUGAUCCGCUAUGAGGGCUUUAGUGGGUUCUAUAAGGGCAUGAGUACCAAAAUCGUGCAGAGCGUGGUUGCAGCAGCGAUUCUCUUUAUGAUCAAAGAGGAGCUUGUGAAAGCAGCUCGUGCACUGGUGACGAAGCAGAUCAAAAUCCCCAAAGUGGUACUAUUAAAAUCUGCAGCAUAAUUUAUUCUAGUUCCAUUCUCCUCUUUAUUAAAGGUUCAGAUUUCACCUUUGUGAGGGUGUCAACUCAUGAAUUCCAUGCUUUUAUCCAACAGCAGCAUUUCCUGUGAGAUAAACUUUGUUUACUAUAGAGUAAUCCAUAAGUAAUCAUUUUUUUCCUUGCGUUCAUUAAUCAAAGAUUGCUGUAGAAUAGUCUGAAUAAUCACAAGAUAUGUGAUUCUUUACUAAAUAUGUAAUUCUGAUUUUGUUUACAAAUGCUGAGAAGUAAAAGUAAAACAAAAGCUUCAUUCAAAA